AUCUGACUAAACUCAAAGAUCGUCAUCUGUGCAUUUAUUUCAAUGAUAAUUAAGACGCUGGCAGCUGAACGGCGACAAUAGGAGAUCCAAAAACCGCAAAUAGUUGCCUAGGAUCAAAAUGGAUUUACCCUCUCCUAAGCUAUAGCCAAAAUAACGAUCAGUCGAACGUUUCGCGGUGAAUUCUGAUCGGGGGGAGAAUCUUCUGCUAUUUUGGAAAGAAAUUGGAAAAAAAAAUCGUCCGCUUACUAGCCAAGUUUGGGGAUUUUCGAUCGAUCGCUGGUUGCAUGCGCUAGUCGAGUGUCAAUAAUUAUGGCCUAUAGCAGCAGUUGGAAACGAAUGAAAAAGGUGUUUUCGUGGGGAAAGAAGAAUCGAAAUUCUCAACCAGCGCCUUCCACGCCUUACAACGACGAACUUACAUCGUCACCAGAACCUCCUAAAAAUCGAUAUGCAAGACGCCAAUCUGUUUGUGCCGAACCAUUAAACCCUGAUUCGGACGAUGAUGGCGAUGAGAACCCGAUUGUGUAUCCAAAAACUGAUGAACAAAGGAAGCGUUUAAAUGAGGCAGUCAAGAAUAUUUUGCUUUUCAAGAAUGUUGCUGUGGAACAACUUAAUGAGGUUCUUGAUGCAAUGUUUGAAAGAAAAGUGCAACCAGGAGAUCAUGUUAUAGACCAAGGGGAUGAUGGUGACAAUUUUUAUGUCAUAGACAAGGGCAUUUUUGACAUUUAUGUGAAAAUUGAUGGCAAUGAUAAACUGGUUGGAGCAUACAAUGGAAAGGGAAGCUUUGGUGAACUUGCAUUGAUGUAUAACACACCAAGAGCAGCAACAAUAGUGGCAACAUCUGAAGGAAUUCUCUGGGCUCUGGACAGAAAUACAUUUAGGAGGAUAUUAUUAAAAGCUGCUGCCAAAAAGAGGAAAAUACAUGAAAAGUUACUUGAGCAAGUUCCUAUGCUGAAGGAAGUUACGGACUAUGAGAUCAUGAAUCUAGCCGAUGCACUUCAGUCCAGGACGUUCAAAGAUGGUGAUUGCGUGAUUCAGCAGGGAGAUGAAGCAGACUGCAUGUUCUUUGUAGAGAGCGGAGUAGCAUCUAUCAGGAUACGUAAUCAGGAUGAUCCGACAGAAGAAGUAGAACUUACACAGUGUACAAAGGGAGGUUACUUUGGUGAACUGGCGCUUGUUACCCAUAAACCACGUGCUGCCUCAGUGUAUGCUGUGGGAGACCUUAUCACCGCGGUUCUCGACGUGCACGCUUUUGAAAGGCUUCUUGGCCCUUGUAUGGAUAUCAUGAAGAGAAAUAUCGAUGGGUAUGAAGAUCAACUGAAAAAACUUGGCAUUGGGCACACAGAACUACGAUGAAGUGUCUUGGAAAGGAUAGUGAUUUUACAACUGCUCAAAGAUGGCCUAUUUUUAGACAAAGGAACAUUUGCUGUUUCUUUACCGCUUCACCUUGCCAAAAAUCUGUUUUGGAGUUUCAAAGCGGGAAAAUUAUUAUUCUAUUCGAUUUGUUCCGUUGUAUUUAUAAAUAAGGUUUAAUUUUAAUUUUUGCGUUGAAAAAAGAAGGAAAAAAGAAUUGGAUCAUAAUUUAUUGUUUUACUGAAUCACUUUGUUACAUGUGAGAUAGAACGCACGACAGAUGUUUAUUACAAUUCUGGUGACUUGGAAUGUAAAUAAAACAUGUUUAUUAUUAUUA